GUGGUGAUAAUGAAACGAACAUUGGGUGUUGGGUAUGCAGCAGUAGAUAAUCCAGUGUUCUUCAAAGAUAAUACCUGGAUGCUUUUGGGUGAUGCGAAGAAGAAAUGUGAUGAGUUAUUGACUGGUAUCAAGGCAUUACCAACCGUUUAA